CUUCUCUUUUCACACACAGGACGCCCAGACACCCUCCGGCUCAGACAUGCUGCCGCUGCUGCUGCUGCCGCUGCUGUGGGCGGGGUCCCUGGCUCAGGAUCCGAGAUACCGGCUGGACAUGCAGCCAUCCGUGUUGGUGCAGGAGGGCCUGUGUGUCCGCGUGCCCUGCUCCUUCUCCUAUGACACGGACGUCUUCAGUGCUUCUAGCCCUGUUCACGGCUUCUGGUUCCGGGAAGCGGCCAAUGAAAUCGUGGAUGCCCCCGUGGCCACAAACAAAUUAGAUCGUCAAGUUCAGGAGGAGGCCCAGGGCCGAUUCCACCUCUUCGGGGACCCCAGGAACAACAGCUGCUCCCUGGAGAUCAGAGAUGCCAGGAAGAGUGACAGCGGUUCCUACUCUUUUCGUGUGGAGAGAGGAAGUAUCAAAUGGAGUUACAAGUCUGAACAGUUCUUCCUGAAUGUGACAGCCCUAACCCACCAGCCCCACGUCCUCAGCCCGGGGGCCCUGGAUGCCGGCCGCCCCGGGAACCUGACCUGCUCUGUGCCCUGGGCCUGUGAGCGGGCCACUCCUCCCAUCUUCUCCUGGACGUCAGCUGCCCCCAGCUCCCUGGGCCCCAGGACCCUCUUCUCGUCGGUGCUCACCCUCACCCCAAGGCCCCAGGACCACGGCACCAGGCUCACCUGCCAGGUGAAGUUCCCCAGAAGUGGGGUGAUGGUGGAGCGGACCAUCCUGCUCAAUGUCACCUUCCCAGGUGCUCCACAGAGACCAGUGACCAGAGACUUCCAAAGAAACAGCACAGUCCUGGUGGCCUUCUGGGAAGCGGCUGUCAAGAUCCCACUCCUCUUCCUCUGCCUUCUGGCCCUCCUGUUGGGUGAGUCUGCUGCCCAGUUGCACCCUGUUCUGGUCAGAAUGAAACAGCCUGGUCUCUUCUCUCAGCGUGAGGUCCUGCAGGAUGAAGACAGCCAGGCCUGCAAGGGGCACCUCAGAUGCAACCUCCAUCCCAGGUUAACCCUUCAGCACAGCUCAUCUUGAAGCCCAUCUCCUCCCGGUCUUGACCUGGUCCUUCCAGCAGCCUCGUCUCUUCCCUGAGUCACUGAACCCACCCACCUCCUGCUUCCUCUCACUGGGAAACACGGCCCUUGGGUCAGAGGACUCACCAGAGACGGUUCCCAUCCACUUCCCACACAGUCGGAGCAGCUGUGUUUCCUGCCCACUCAGGGGACAGAGGAGCCCACACCGCAGGCUGGAUUCGAAGCCCUGGUGGGCCCUCCGUGCUGACUCUCCACACAGAUUAGCCCUCUGUCUGCAUCUCCCAACAUCUCCACACCCAGCCUGGUCAGAAUCUGUGACUCUGAGACUCUCUAUGUGCAGUGCCUUCUCCUGAAACGCCCUUUCCUCCCCACCCCUGCCUGCCUGAGUCCUGAGCAACCUGCAGGCUCAGGCUUCAACGUCACUGUGUGUGUGUGUGUGCACUUCAUUGUCUGGUUUUGCCUGGAAGAGCCACAUCCGUUUAAUUGCAGAGUAUUCAUAAGGUACUAUUGCACAUCUACUUUAAGCCAUCUUGUGGUAGGUGCCCAGUGGGCAUCAGUGAAUACAACAUCAAAAUUCUGUGUCAUUGGGACUUCCCUGGUGGUUCAGUGGCUAAGACUGCCCUCCCAGUAGGUCAGCUGGGUUUGAUCCCGGAUCAGGGAACUAGAUCCCACAUGCUGAAACUAAGAGUUCACAUGCUGCGACCAGAGAUCCUGCAUGGGCAACUAAGACAGCUAAAUUUUAAAAAAAAGUAAAUAAAUAUAUAUUUUUAAAAAAUCUGUCUUCGAGCAUAGGGUACAGAUUUGUGGUUGCCUAGGAGAAGGGGUGGUGGGAGACGGAUGGGCUGGGAUUUUGUGGUUAGCAGAUGCAAACUGUGAUAUAUAGAAUGGAUAAACAGCAAGACCCUCAUUCUACUGCGUAGCACAGGGAAUUAUAUUCAACAUCCUGUGAUAAACUA